UCUCCAACUGACAUGAGUUAAACACGCACAGAGAGCGAGAAUAGAAUACACCUGGCAGCCGAGCGACACAGCAGGGAAUCAGUGAAUGUAGAAAUGACUUCUGCGUGGUGUUUAAUAUGACAGCGCGCGCGGGAUAUGGGAAGAAGUAGGGUGUGUGUGGUGUUGAAGGUGACAUUCCCAUGGCCAGAACCAGCGCGGACGGGCUGCUCCGUCAGAACAACAGCAAACUGGACUCUUUCCUCAAAAGAAACACCAGUCGGGAUGUGUACGAGCGGAUCCGGGUCUACGAGCCGUGUGUGGUGGUCUCGGGGUCGGUGAAGAAGGUUUUCAUGCAUGUGAUCCUGAGCGAUGAGCGCGUGUAUCUGAGCGAGUAUCACCCGCGCGCGCUGCGCGAGGCGCUCAGCUUCAGACACAUCAAGAGCAUCGAGCUGAUCAAUGAUUUGCCUGAUUUCCUCAGCGGACAGGAUCGUGAACGCUCACUGCAUAUCCGUGUUGUUCAUACCACAAAGAAUCCUGGGAAAAAGAGCUCAAGACCCAAAGGAUCCGGUCAGAAUAAGCCAUCAUUUCCAGGACGCAACUCGAGUGCCCGUCAUUCGCUGGAGGGCGUGAGUCCCGAGUCCUCGAGCUGGAGAAUCUCUCCCACAUCAAUGAGUGAUGGUGGUCUGGAGGAAGAAGAAGGCAGCAUCAUUCCGAAGAGACGUUCAGCUUCCUGUCCGAACUCGGAUGUUUUGGCUCUGGCUGUGUUUAAUACGUCUCCCGCUCACUCCUCCAGCUCCAGUGACCAGCGAGAGAGUCCCAGCGCUUCAGUCCCGACAGCACUGAUGAGGAGAACAACAACAGAGGAGCAGGAGGAGGAGAAAGAGGAAGAGUUACACCUUUAUGCGGUAUCUCCAUCAUCCCGAAUAUACCUUCACCUGCAGAGCUCCUGGAGCAGCUGCAUCAUACGAUCAACUUUGAUGCUGGACCCAGUGUACAGGAAGAGAUGUGGCGUAUCCUCUUCUUCUCCUCAGAAACAGAAAUAUCACAGAAUCAGGUACUGCAUCUUUCUGUCUGAACAGCUUGUGUUUAUCUGUGUGGGCAGUGUAAAAUGCACAGGCUAUGAAAGCGUCUGCGUAUGUGUUUCCAGCUGGGAACGGACGUGUCACUUGUUCAGUCAGUUGAGCGGAGAGCUGCUGCAGGAAGACGUCGGCCUGGAGAGUCUGUAUUUACUCCUGCAGGAGCUGCACACAGCCACGAACCGCAACCCCACCAUCAAAAAACUCUUCUGGAGGUCACCGGACCUCUAUCCUUUCCUGGUGAAAACGCUGGCUGAAAGCUUUCAGAGCGGCCAGGAAGCAGUUCAUACAGCCGACAGACUUCUGCUUUGCACUUUGGUGGUUCAGAUAUUAAGCCUGAUGUUCAGGGAAACAGAGAUGGAAGCGACGAGGCUCAGCAUGCUGACGGCCAAACAGGGAGCUCUCACAGAGAACAUGCUGCUCGCUUUAGUGCGUGAUCCAGAUCUCCAGCUGCCAGACUCUACUAAUGGCUCCAAAUCUUCAGUUAAUAAGCUGCAGCGUCUGCAGGCAGACUAUUUGGAUGCGGCUUCUGCGCUGCUGUUUGAGAUGGUUGUGCUCUGUCAGGAGGCUAGUUGCACACCUGCUCUGGGACAUUUCCUUACCAUCGGCUGGGUGUUUCGAUUGCUUAAACCACAUCCAUUCUUACUCCCGUUUGUGGGCUAUCAGGCCCAGCAGGUGGUUCGGCUUCUCUCAGGUCCUCAGGAUCCGCUCAGCCCGUCUCAGGCGGUUCUUCUGUACCAGCGCUGCCGUGUUUUGUUAGCCUGUCUGCAGCACAGCACCUGUUUGAGCAAAUAUAUCAGGACGGGGUUCAAGGAGGAGUUCAGGUACUAUGUGAAGAUGUCAGGGCUGGAGGACAAACUGCCCCAUCACUACCCCAUCAGUCAGCCUGCCCGGCGCCUUCUUUCCCAGCUCCACAGUCUCGUUCUCCAGAAACCUUGAGCUCUGGCUCUUUUUCUUUCUGUUCCUCAGGCAUUGAAUUUCUUGUUUCUGCAGACAGACGUGGGAAUAUGCCUUUGGAUGAAUAUGCUGCACUUUCAGAUUGAAUUCAAGUCUUGUAUUGUGUCUUACUGUGUGUUGAACAGAG